UCUCCUCCGUCCGUCCGCGGCCUUCCCCCGUCCGCCUCCCUCUAUUACCCCCCUUCCUGUUCCCCUCUCCCCCCUGUGCUUCUCACACACCACCGCGCGCUCACUCUCCAUCGCUCUAGCCUUCUUCUCCUGCGCCCGCCUCUGCACCUCGUACUCCCCUGCACACUCACGCUGUUUUUUCCCCACUUGGCUGUUGGAGCCAGAGGUUGGUGGAGGUGGGGAUUUGGAUUGGAGGCGAGGGAGUUCUUGGCCCCGACGAGAUCGAAGGCGGGCGGGUGCCGCGUCCUCGCGGGGCUCGGUAGAGCGGGAUCGUUCGGAGGUUCUUGUCGCGGCCCGGCCUCCGGAGCCCAUGCUGUGAGCAAAGACGCAGGCUUUGUCGCCCGCGGAAGAGAUCUUGAAGCAGCAGCAGCCGCUGAAGCCGGUGGUGCGGUAGCCUAGCCGAGCAGCGCCCCCGCCCCCGCCCCCAGCGCCGACCGCCAUGGCCGGCAGCGACGAGGUCAACCGCAACGAGUGCAAGACGGUGGUGCCGCUCAACACAUGGGUGCUCAUAUCCAACUUCAAGGUGGCGUACAACAUGCUCCGGCGGCCGGACGGCACCUUCGACCGCAACCUCGCCGAGUUCCUCGACCGCCGGGUGCCGCCCAACGCGCGGCCCGUGGAGGGCGUCUCCUCGUUCGAUCACGUCAUCGACCCGUCCGUCGGCCUUGAGGUCCGCAUCUACCGCGCCGUCGCUAACAACCCCGGCGCCGCCGAGGGCGCGGCUGCGUUCACCCUGCCCAUCCUGGACUUCCUCACCGGCACGCCGUCCCCGGACCCGUUCCCGGUCAUCCUCUUCUUCCACGGCGGCAGCUUCGCGCACUCGUCCUCCAGCACGACCAUCUACGACCACCUGUGCCGCCGGUUCGUGAAGCUGAGCAAGGGCGUCGUCGUGUCCGUCAACUACCGCCGCGCCCCGGAGCACCGCUACCCGUGCGCCUACGACGACGGCUGGACCGCGCUCAAGUGGGCCAUGUCGCAGCCGUGCCUCCGCAGCGGCGAGGACGCUCGGCUCCGCGUGUUCCUCUCCGGCGACAGCUCCGGCGGGAACAUCGCCCACCACGUCGCCGUCCGCGCCGCAGACGAGGGGAUCAAGAUUUGCGGCAACAUCCUGCUGAACGCCAUGUUUGGCGGCACCGAGCGCACCGACUCGGAGCGGCGGCUGGACGGCAAGUACUUCGUCACGCUCCAGGACAGGGACUGGUACUGGAAGGCGUACCUGCCCGAGGACGCCGACCGGGACCACCCGGCGUGCAACCCCUUCGGGCCGAACGGGCGGCGGCUCAAGGGACUCCCCUUCACCAAGAGCCUCAUCAUCGUGUCGGGGCUGGACCUCACCUGCGAUCGGCAGCUGGCGUACGCCGACGGCCUCCAGAAAGAUGGCCUCGACGUCAAGGUCGUGUACCGCGAGAAGGCGACAGUGGGCUUCUACCUGCUGUCCAACACGGACCAUUACCACGAAGUCAUGGAAGAGAUCUCGGACUUCCUCAAAGCUAACCUCUAGUACAUACACAGCUGCUGAUCAAACUCAUCGUCGUCAUCUCGACGCACACUUAUAGCAAUUAGCAAGAUGGUAAGCUUGACUUAUAGUUCUAUCUCUUAUACUGUUGCUGCUUGGGGAUCACCUGAAGUCUGGCGACGGCUAGGCUCAUUGUCUGCCCAUGGCAAGCACACUCAAAAGAGAAGCUACAUGUCUGAUAAAACUCUAAUCAUGGAGACUUUUGUUUCGUCGUCUGAUGAAUUGUUUCGCUAAUAGUUCUGCUGAUCAGCUCGGUGCAAUCUUUGGAUCCCUGAUCUGUGUCCAUGGUUUGCAAGUCCUCCAGUGGUAUGUGACUUGGUUGAUGGAGAGAAGCUUAUUAUUUCGCCUUCGAUCAUCCUCUGCUUAUCCUCAGAGGAGACGAAAUUCUUCUAACAUUCUGUGUACAGUGAUGGAUCAACUCAACAAGAAGGCGGACGGCCUUGUUGUGCUGCUCUGAUGUAGUAGUUUAUACUGGAUUGGAUGGUGCUCACAUUCAUUCUACGUUUCACUUAUGUGAAUCUUCCAAUCUAGGCUAGAGACAUAAAAUUGUACUACCCCUCUUUUGUUUCCCCUCCUAACUGCUGGUCUGGCCUCUCUUGAUGUCGUCCUCUGAUACUUUCUGUAUAAGUACAUGGUGAAUGUGAAUGUGAAGAGGAUGCAUUGCAUAUCA